GCGCCUCGAAGGUCUACACCUCGGUGGGCGGGAGGGUGUUCCUGCGCUGUGGGGACCCCCAGGUCGCCAUGGAGACCGUGCGGGCCAGGUGGGGGUUCGUCGCCGGGGGGAGCUGCGCUCUGGCCGCGCCGCUGGGCCCCGAGAGCCGGCGGGACGUGAAGGCGGACGGUACGCUGGUGAUCCGGGACGUCCGGCCCGGGGACGUGGGGCGGUACUGCUGUGGGGCCGGCUCCGGGCCCGGGACCGACCUGCUGCUGCUGUCCGUGUCGGCAGACCCCUCGGACCCCGCCCCCGAGGACAUAGCGGUCGUGACCUGCGAGCUGAGGUGCCCGGCGGCCUGCGGCCCCUACGCCCUGACCAUGAACGUCUCCGGCCGGGCGGAGCUCCUCUCCGCUCGCGGGGAACCCCUGCAGCACGUCCUGAGCCCCGGCGGGGCGGGCCGGGGGCGGGACUUCCGGUGCCAGCUGGAGGUCGAGGGGAGGGUCCGGGCCACCGCCUCCCUGGCGCUGCAGGCGCAGAACCGGACAGGUAACCGGGCACCGCCAUUAUGGGCAUGUCUGGUGGUGUCAUACCACUCCCACUGUGGGGGGGCGGGGCCUGGCCCAGAGCCACUCCCACUGAGGGGGGCGGGGCCUGGCCCAGAGCCACUCCCACUAUGGGGGGCGGGGCCUGGACCAGAGCCACUCCCACUGUGGGGGGCGGGGCCUGGCCCAGAGCCACUCCCACUGCGGGGGCGGGGCCUGGGCCGGAGCCACUCCCACUGUGGGGGGCGGGACCUGGGCCAGAGCCACUCCCACUGUGCAGGGGCAGGCCUGGCCUGGCCCAGAGCCACUCCCACUGUGGGGGUGGGCCUGGUCUAGAGCCACUCCACUCCA